AGUCCCAAGAUGGUCUCCAACUCACUGUUACCCUCUCACCUCUGCCUCCUGAGUGCUGGAGCUAAAAGCAUGUGCUACCAUGCCCAGCUUGUUUCCAUCUUCUGAUAGCUCAUAAUCAGUGUCACUGAAGGACAAGAAACUUAUGGACGUCAAACUGGGGGAGCUGUCAAGCUGGAUCUUAACGCGGGACUUCACCCCUAAAGGCAUCACUGGAGCUUUCCAGAGAGGUUACAAUCGGUACUACAACAAGUACAUCAACGUGAGGAAAGGGAGCAUUGCUGGGGUUAACAUGGUGCUGGCAGCGUACGUGCUUUUCAGCUACUGCCUCUCCUACAAGGAACUCAAACAUGAGCGCCGUCGCAAGUACCACUGAAGAGGGCCAGCAUGAAGGUGCACUGCUCCUGAAGAUGGCUCCUGUCUGAGCUCAGUAAUGGUUGACUCCUGUCAUGUUCUGAGAACAAGUGCACAAUAAAAGGUGACUGUUAGCUGUG